AUGGUGGAAGAAGAAGCGAAAUUGGAUUCGAAAUCGAAACCGAUGCCGAAUGAGAAUUUGAGAUUCGGAGAAAGGGUUUUGUCUGCCGGAGGCGCCGCUUUUAUAUCGGCGGUCGUAGUUAAUCCACUCGAUGUUGUUAAGACGAGAUUACAAGCACAAGCUGCAGGAGUUCCGUAUCAAGGCUCGUGUCGUCUAGGUUGUUUCGAAUCGAACUCCACGGUGGUACAAGAUUUAAGAAGUAAGUCUCCAGGGAUGUGUCGGAUUACUGGCUCUGCAUCUGUAUGCUCAGAUAAUCAGUACAAGGGAACACUUGAUGUGUUUUACAAAAUUAUCCGCCAGGAAGGGUUUUCUAGGCUUUGGAGAGGUACGAACGCAAGUUUAGCGUUGGCCAUUCCGACUGUUGGGAUCUACAUGCCUUGUUAUGAUUAUUUUCGUAAUUCCAUGGAGGUAUUCACGGUAGAGAAGUCUCCAGCUUUGACACCGUAUGUUCCACUUGUCGCCGGGACAAUAGCACGGUCCUUGGCUGUUAUCUCAUGUUACCCUGUUGAGUUAGCUAGGACACGGAUGCAGGCAUUUAAGGGAACGCAAAGAGAUGUGAAACUGCCUGGCGUUUGGAAGACAUUAGUCGAUGUCAUCAAUCCAAUCAAGGGCUCAACUAAUGGACAAAAUUACAGGAUGUUAUGGACAGGUCUUGGUGCUCAACUUGCUCGAGAUGUUCCAUUCUCUGCGAUCUGCUGGUCGAUACUUGAGCCCACGCGGAGAAGCAUUCUCUCGUUCAUGGGUGAGAAACCAAGGGCGGGUAGUAUAAUAGCUGCAAACUUCACUGCUGGUUUUGUCGCUGGUGCGGUUGCUGCUGCAGCUACUUGCCCACUAGAUGUUGCAAAGACUCGGCGUCAAAUAGAGAAGAAUGCAGAUAGAGCCAUGAAUAUGACCACAAGACAAACCUUGGCAGAGAUUUGGAGGGACGGAGGAAUGAGAGGGAUGUUUAGUGGAGCAGGGGCUCGAGUCGGACGGGCAGGACCAUCUGUAGCCAUUGUGGUUUCCUUUUACGAAGUGGUCAAGUAUGGACUACACCACUUUCACCAACAGUAG